AUGUUGAUUAUUUAUUUCCUGUAUAUCUACAUAAUAUUUACAUUACAUAACUGCAAUUAAUACUUGAUGACUCUUUUCAUCAAGAAUGUGUAUGAGUGUUUGUGCAUGUGUGAGUUUUGAAAGAUUUGCUCAGAUUAACAAACCCCCCCAGUUUUCCACAAUGCCUCUUUGUUAGUGGAAAACAGAUUAACAGGUCAAGUGACCGGAGGUGUGGGCGUCUCAUGUACUCGAUCUUUCCCGUCUUUAACGGUUCCGGUAAAUACCAUCGACUCCCGAAACAUCACACACUGUGAGUAGAGUUGCUUAUUUCUUAUAGAUACAGUGUUUCAGGCCUACAGACAAGAAAUGGAAUGCAAUUGCAUUUGAUGUGAUGGACUUCCAGUCUGAUUUUUUGUGUUUCUCUUUUAAUUAUUCUUUUAAAUCUCACAUUUGCUUCAAUUGUUGCAAUCAGUUUAGGUGUUGAUGUAUGCUAACUAACAUCAAAAUAGCAUCUGAUUUCUGUUUGCACAUGCACUAUGUGAUUUAGCCAGUGCUGAGCAUGCAUGCAUGUGUUUCCUGGUAUAGUUGUCUAUACUUAUCAUCUCUAAUCACAGUGAAAGGUCAGUAGAGACUGUGAUUGACAGGUUGUGAGUGGUCUUCCUUUCCAGAGAGGGCAGCGAUGACGGUGACAUACUCACGGCGGGUGGCAGAUGCGCGUCUGGGCACUUUUUAUUGCCUGCUUCUGCGAUGGAAAGGAAGCAUCUAUAAACUGUUAUAUCGAGAGCUGCUGAUCUUCACUGUGAUGUACGGCACAAUCAGCGUCACGUACAGGUGCAUACUGACUGAAGAGCAGCGCAGGAUGUUCGAGAAGCUCUCCGUGUACUGUGAUCAGUACGCGCAACUGAUUCCCUUGUCGUUCGUACUGGGUUUCUACGUGACUCUUGUGGUGUCUCGUUGGUGGGGUCAGUACGAGAGCAUCCCGUGGCCGGACCGUCUGUCAGCGCUGGUUAGCGGACACGUCCGGGGCGCAGAUGAAGGGGCCAGACUCAUCCGCAGGAGUCUAAUGCGUUACGCCAACCUGUCGGGCAUCCUGAUCUACCGCUCGGUCAGCACCGCUGCCUACAAGAGGUUCCCGACCAUGAGCCACCUCGUUCAAGCAGGUCUGAUGACGGCUGAGGAACUGAGGCAGUUAGAGGAACUGCCCUCCCCUCAUAAUAAGUUCUGGGUUCCCUGCAUGUGGUUUGUCAGUCUGGCCAUGAGAGCUCGAUCUGAAGGACGCAUCAAUAAUGAUGUUGCAAUGACCGCCAUCCUCAACGAGUUGAACACACUGCGCUCUCAGUGUAUGAGGCUGUACGGCUAUGACUGGAUCAGCCUGCCUCUAGUUUACACACAGGUUGUAACCGUGGCUGUGUACAGUUUCUUUUUGGCUUGUCUGAUUGGUCGGCAGUUCCUCGACCCCGCCCAGGGUUACCUGGGUCACAACCUCGACUUCUACCUACCCAUCUUCACCUUACUGCAGUUCUUCUUCUAUGUGGGCUGGCUCAAGGUGGCAGAGCAGCUCAUUAAUCCGUUUGGGGAGGAUGAUGAUGACUUUGAGACAAACUGGCUGGUGGACCGUAAUUUACAGGUGUCUCUGCUGUCAGUGGAUGAGAUGUAUGAUCUGGUUCCUCUGGUUGAGAGAGAUAAAUACUGGGAUGAAUCAGAGCCUCAGCCACCUUACACAGCUGCCAGCGCAGAACACCGCAAACCCUCAUUCAUGGGAUCUGCUUUGGACAUCAGUGUUCCCAAAGAGGAAAUGGAAUUCCAGCACAAUCUGGAGCAGAUUAAAGAACAUGAGGAGGCCAAUCAUUCCACUCCAUUCCUGGGCAGUUUGAGUCGCAUUCUGGGUGUCCAGUCGCCCAAUUUCUCCCGCCCGACCCCCACGUCCCGAGUCUCCCUCCUGCGGCGGCGUCCCCGCGCCCCCUUCUCUCGUUUCCCCCUUUACCUCCAUCCCGAGAGCUCUCCGAUGCCCAGCCACGCCCGGAAUGCUGACAUGGAGGAUGCGUUCUCAUCCAUGCCUCUAUACGAAAGACCCGGUUUCUACAGUUGCCCUCAGACGCCCAUCCACUGCGUCCCUCCGUCCAUUCCUCGCCCAAGACUGCGAAGAGCGCACGGCGACAGCUCCAGCUCCCUGGCGCAUCCCCUGGUGGGCUCGCCAGUCCUGUCUACACCUGACACGCCCGCGCCUCCUUCCUCCGCCUUCCCUUGGGUGGGCGAAGACAGUGAACAUUCGGGUCCCGCUUUCUGCUUUCCAGACCCUGUGCCCGAGCUGUUACCCAAAGUAUGGCCAAGUCAAGGGUUGCCGUCGCGUCGGCCCCUGCCUCUACGACUGUCUUUGGACACGUCGCCAUCUCCGUCUACACCCGAAAGGGUGUUUUCUUUCACCCCUCCAUCUUGGUCGCAAGCUCAAAUCAACACCGCCAGUUCAGGGAGUGUGAAUGUGACCGCAGCGACAAACAGCAACAGUAACCUGUGCAACGGGGCAGCAAAUAAUCCCUGGCCAAUCAGCAGAAGCACCACUGCAAGCACAGCCAAUCCCGUCAGCCCCAGCCCCACGGCGACUCAGCAGACAGCCAAUCAGCACAACUCUGCCAAUGACUCUGGCAUCUCAUUGGCUGAGGGGGAUCUGUUGGGUGCUGCGGUGAAAAUGAGGGAACAGCUCUGAGUUAGGUGGAAAAUACCAGCUUAGACCAGCAUGAAUUCUCUUCCAGACUGGUUUAGAGCUGAUCCAACUGGUUAAGAUCUUUGCCUUGGGUGAGUGAAGGUAGUGAAUAUUCGGGUCCCGCUUUCUUCUUUCCGGACCCUGUUUUCGAACUGUUACCUAAAGUACGCCUCAGUCAAGGGUUGCCAUUGCACCUGGACACGUCCUCAUCUCUGUCUACACCAGAGAGGGUGCUUUCUUUCACCCCUCAACACCGCCAGAUCAGAAACUGGGAAUGUGACCGACGUCAAACAGCAACACUAACCUGUGCAACAACACCUAGCCAAUCAGCAGAAGCACCACUGCAAGCACAGCCAAUCCCGUCAGCCCCAGCCCCACGGCGACUCAGCAGACAGCCAAUCAGCACAACUCUGCCAAUGACUCUGGCAUCUCAUUGGCUGAGGGGGAUCUGUUGGGUGCUACAGUGAAAAUGAAGGAACAGCUGGAAAAUAUACCAGCUUAGACCUGAAUUCUCUAGGUCGGACUGAUUUAGAGCUGGUCUAGCAUGUUUUUGCCUACAUUUAAGACAUUUUAAGAAACCUCAGUAUCAAAAACCUUUCUGUGGUUCUCAGAAGCGGAAGUCGUCAUAGAUGGGUAAACUUCUACAGUGGUGAACAGAAAUUCUCAUUUGCCCCAUCAGCAAAA